AUGACACACAACAGUAGCAUUUUCCACCCAACCACAUUUUUCCUCGUUGGAAUCCCAGGUCUGGAAGAGGUCCACGCUUGGAUCUCGCUGCCUUUCUGCUCUGUUUACCUUGUGGCUUUACUGGGCAAUGCCACAAUUCUGAUGGUCAUCAAGACAGAGCAGAGUCUCCGGGAGCCCAUGUUCUAUUUUCUGGCCAUCCUGUCGACAAUAGAUCUAGCGCUUUCUACCACUUCCAUGCCCCGCAUGCUAGGCAUCUUCUGGUUUGAUGCUCAUGAGAUUAACUUUGGAGCUUGUGUGGCCCAGAUGUUUCUAAUCCAUACUUUCACUGGCAUGGAAGCUGAGGUUUUAUUGGCCAUGGCCUUUGACCGCUAUGUGGCUAUCUGCUCUCCUCUCCACUACACGACCAUCUUGACAUCCCGGGUCCUGAUGGGCAUCAGCAUAUGCAUUGUGAUUCGCCCAGUCCUGUGUAUGCUCCCCAUGGUCUAUCUCGUCUAUCGCCUACCCUUUUGUCAGAGUCAUAUAAUACCUCAUACCUACUGUGAGCACAUGGGCAUUGCAAAACUAUCCUGUGGAAAUAUCAGCAUCAACGUUAUCUAUGGGCUCUUUGUGGUGGCUCUCUUUCUCUUGAACCUGACUCUUAUUGGAAUCUCCUAUAUUUACAUUCUCCGUGCUGUCUUCCGCCUCCCAUCCCAGGAGGCACGGCUCAAAUCCCUGAGCACAUGUGGCUCCCAUGUUGCAGUCCUUGGUGUUUUCUAUAUCCCUUCCGUCUUCUCCUUCCUCACUCACCGAUUUGGACACAACAUACCCCACUAUAUCCACAUUCUUGUUGCCAAUAUCUAUUUGGUGAUCCCGCCUUCACUCAACCCCAUCAUUUAUGGUGUAAGGACCAAACAGAUAAGAGAGAGAGUGCUCCAUGUCUUUACUAAAAUGUAA